AUGGCACAUCCCUCACAGCUAGGAUUUCAAGAUGCAGCUUCACCUGUAAUAGAAGAACUUCUUCAUUUUCACGACCACGCCCUAAUAAUUGUAUUCUUAAUUAGCACCCUCGUGCUUUACAUUAUUGUGGCUAUAGUCACCACUAAACUUACUAACAAAUAUAUCUUAGACUCCCAGGAAAUCGAAAUUAUCUGAACUGUCCUUCCAGCAGUCAUUCUUAUCUUAAUUGCUCUACCUUCCCUUCGUAUUCUUUACCUAAUGGAUGAGAUUAAUGACCCCCACCUGACGAUUAAAGCCAUAGGACAUCAAUGAUAUUGAAGCUAUGAAUAUACAGAUUAUGAAGACCUAGGAUUCGACUCAUAUAUAAUUCCCACACAAGACCUGACCCCCGGCCAAUUCCGUCUUUUAGAAGCAGACCACCGAAUAGUUAUCCCAGUCGAAUCCCCAAUUCGUGUACUAGUUUCUGCCGAAGAUGUCCUUCACUCAUGAGCUGUCCCCGCCUUAGGUAUUAAAAUAGACGCAGUCCCAGGCCGCCUAAAUCAAACAGCCUUUAUUGCAUCCCGACCAGGGGUCUUUUAUGGGCAAUGCUCUGAAAUCUGCGGGGCAAACCACAGCUUUAUACCUAUCGUGGUUGAAGCAGUUCCCCUAGAACACUUUGAAAACUGAUCAUCACUAAUACUUGAAGACGCCU